AACCUUUAUCUAAUUCCCAUUGUCAUUUUCAUGUUAUGGUUAGCUUUCUGCCCCACUAUUAGUAUUAGUCUCUGGGUUAGAAACUAGAACACAAAACCAAGACAAUGGCAGCCACAGCAUGCUUGAAUUAUGGAGCACCUGCCUCACUCAAUCCACAGCAGAAACAGCAAUCACCAAGGGCAAGAAACAACUGCUUGAUAGAUACAACAAUUAUGGGAAAGAGAAACAUGAUGAUGAUGGGGUUGAGAGGGAGAUAUAAUAACGCAAACAAAAGGGUUGGAAUGGUGAGAUGUAGCGGUAUAGGAAUAGGGGACUUCAUAGGAGGGGAUUUGGUGAAACCUGAUCUAGGCCGAUGGCUAUCAGACGUGGAAGAGCACAAAGCCCUUGCAAUUUACACCCCACAUGAGGGAGGCUAUGAGGGACGUUACCUUAACCGACUCAGAUACCAGGGCUACUAUUUUCUCGACCUCACUGCUCGAGGCCUUGGAGAUCCUGAGACCACCCUCACCAAGGUUCAUCCUGUUUGUCCUGCCCAUGUAGGGAAGCAGCCAAUUGCAAGAUGGUAUUUCCCACCAGAGGUUGAUUAUAGGCUAGCUGCACUGCCUCCUGAUGCGAAAGGACUUGUGGUCUGGAUAAUUGAAGCCAAGGUUCUGUCGAAGUCAGAAUUGCAGUUUCUCGCAUUGCUUCCCACCCUAAGGCCUAAAGUCAGGGUUAUUGCCGAGUGCGGAAACUGGAGAAAGGUUGUGUGGAAGCCACUCAAAGAAAUUGCAGGACUAACAGAAAAUGAGGGAGCAUGAUAGCACAAGUCAACAAAAUGGAAGUCAAUACCUUUAUCCUAUGCCGAGCUUUAGUCUAAUCUUCCCAGCUGAAGGCCUAAAAAGCUGUACUGCAGGGGUGAAACAAAGUCAGAAAAAUAUUAACUGAGUACAGGAAAUAAGCUGGAGUCCUCACAAAUUAUUUACCAAGUACUAUAUUCUUGUUGAACUAAUGUUGUCAGAAAUACAAAUUACACACAAACACAACUAGUUAUUCUUGUUUCCUUUAACAAGGAUAUUUUGCAAGUAAUAAGCCACACGCAAGUGGCUGUGGGGUUUGUAAUAUUG